AUGGAUGGUGAAAGAACAUGUUAUGUGGCGUCCUUUAAUGAUAAAGUCACUGAUGAUCUCCUCGAGGAACUUUUUACACAGGUUUUUAUUGCCUAUUUUGAAUAUUUUUGUCGACAUUUAUUCAGGUCGGACCUUUGAAAAAGAUCAAGGUUUUGAAGCAGAAAGACUCAGAAAUCCGGUUCGCUCUGGUCGAGUUUGAAGUUCGUGGAAAUAUAUGAAUUUUGGUUGGAAUCGAGAAUUUUGAGGAUGAAGAAUCGGUCCAAUUUGCGAUUGAGACAUUGGACGGGAUCAAAUUGUUCAAUUUGCCUUUGACUGUGAAACCGAGGAGUAAAACCAAACAGGUUCGUUGUGGAAGUAUUUUUUGGGAAGAUGUAUUUGUAUUUUAGCUCGUUCAAAGGAAAAAUCAAAGUUUGUAGUUGAGGUUUCAAAACAAAAAGUGUACUCUUCCGAACUAACUUUGGAACCUUUUUUGAACUUUUUUUUGCGUUUAGAAUCAUGAUCCUUCCCUCCGAUGAGCACAUGAUAUUUAAAAUAAAGAAAAUUGAAUUGGUUUUAUUUUGAAAUGAGUACUUUUUUCAAAUUCUAUUUCAGUUCGAUAAUUUUUUUCUCAUUUUUUAUCUCAAUUAACAAAUUUUUUUCUAAAUUCGAAGUUUUUCUCAGUGAAAUUUGAAGUAUCUUGGUCAAACUUGAUGUUUAAUAAAGACAAAUUUCGCUGGGUAAUUCGGAGAAUAUUAAAUUUAACCAAUGUUGUUUUUUUCAAAGAGAGGCUCAGUUUUUGUUCUAUUUAUAACUUUUUGAUCAACAAUUAUUUUUCUUGUAACUUCCCGGGUUUUUGUUUCGAGUAUUUUAUUUCGAAACAAUCUUAAAUUUUAAGAUUUUAAGAUUCGAUUAUUUUUUUGUAAAAAGCUAAAAUUUUCAACAUGUAUUUUCUACUUUUUAAUAUUUUUUUAAGGAUGAUUCUAAGCUAUAAAAGGGAAUAUUUGUUUUUUUUGUAUUAUAUAUAUUUUUUUACAGGAAGAAAUCUGGAAAGCGACGAGAUCCGAACGAGAACGACGCCAAAAUACGAACACUCCAACUACGACGCCUUCGUCUUCUUAUCGGAAUGACCGCUCACAACCCGCCUACUCCACCAAUUCCUAUGAACGGAAACGCGAUAGUCGGGGGUUCGGUUGA